CGAAACCACUGGGCCAAAAUGGCUCACAAGGCCAAGAAAGAAGCGGCCAGGGCCGCGAGCGAGAAGAGGUGAGCUUUCUAAUGAUGCUGACAGUAACGUCGUUUCACGUAGUUGUUGUCGUUGUUGUGUUUGCAGGGCCACUGGAGGCGGGAAAGUGGGUGGGGUGGACGGCCGCGUCCUCGACAUCCUUGGGAGGACAGGCGGCCUCCUUGUUUCCCCGCCGCAGUACUUCGCCGAUAGCGAGGACGCAAGUUCGGAGGAUGCUGCAGGGCCCUCCCGCAGUGCACCAGCAACAACUACGUUUGUGGUGUCGGGUCCUGCAGCUGUUGCUGGGCCAAGUGGCCUUACACAGCAACCGCCUACCCUCCAGCAGCCACCCUUCCAGCCGACCCCCCAGCCAACUCCACGAGAGCCGCAAGCACCCCCCCCAUAGGCAGUCGAAGCAGCAAGACCUUGAGGGCGCCGUCCAUAUGGCUACUGCCGAAUAUGUUCGGCAGGGCCAGUCGGCGGAAGCCAGGGCACAGGAGGAGGCUCGCUUCCGCCGACAAAUGCUGGAGCAAAACCAGCGGCACCACGAGGCCCAUAUGGACAUCCUGCGCCAGCAGCAUACAGUCCAUAUGGAGGUCCUGCGGCAGCAACAUGCUGUCCACAUGGAGGGACUUCAACAGCUGAGGGAGGUGGUUGGCAGCAUGCGCGACGUGCAGCAGCAGCGGCUGGCAGUGGAACGACGCUCACAGGAGACACACCAGCGUAUCCUGCAGCUGCUGCUGGCUGCACUGGCCCAUGGUGGCAGCCAAGUCCCUCCCCCCUCUCAGGACCCACAUAUGUAAAUAAGAAGUAGCAUAGGCAAGGAAUUUUAUACCAUUUUUUUAUUAGCUUAAAUUUUGCUGUUGUAGUAAUGGUGAUAUGAAGGCCGGAUAUUGCUAGUUAGCAAGAAAUAAUUGCUCAAGUCACCCUUUCAUGCAACCACAAGUAGCAUAGCCGUUGCAGCAUGAUUUUUUUUGCUUGAAGUUGUACUUCAGCAAUAAGAGCGCCCACACUAUCACGCUCACCUGCACAAGUGCCAGCAAGCCCGAUGGUACAUUAAUCUGACUGCGGCAUUGCAAUUAUGCGGUGCCUAGUUGUUGUCAUGUCAAGUUAAGCACGAAUUAACACUGCAAAUGUUCUACAAUUCAAUCCUAUGUCAUCAAUGCGCCUUAAUGUAAUGUCACACGGAACCUCUGAAUAUGCACAGCAAAAAGCUCUGAAAAUUCCUUGCCUAUGCACCUUCACCUCAUCUGUAAUGUGUAUUUUUUUGCAUAUUUAUGUACAUAUUAUGCUUGCAUUUUUUUGGCAUGCAGGGCUGGAAUGUCUUCUUUUCUUGUUUGUUGUCAUAACAUUUUUUUUCCAUUUACUGUACUUUCAUGGUCAAUAUUUUUUUUGUAGUGACAUACAAGGCUUAAUGUCUUCUUUUCUUGUUUUUCAUUAUAACGUUUUGUUGCCAUUCACUGAUAUUUCAUGGUUAUUUCUUUUUUGUCGUGACAUAGGGGGCCUACUGUCUUCUUUUUCAUGAGUACGUUUUGUUGUCGUUCAGUGUUUUUCCAUGGUUUAUAUAAUUCGUUGCCGUGACAUACAGGGCUUGACGUCCUUUUCUUGUUUUUCAUUACCAGGUUUCGUUGCGAUUCAGUGUUCUUUCAUGGUUGUGAUACAUUGUACGUUUACCCCUCGUGUGCAAUAUUUAUGCAGUUUCUCUUACUCAAUAUCAAAGCAAGAUGUUAUGGCUUUCUUUUUCAGUAUGGAACUCCACGACAGCAUGUUCCUUUCACACGUAGUGAUGUACCUACAUAUUUUGCAGUGAUAUUCUUCUGUCGAUGCGUGAUUUAAGCACCUGCACCUUUUUCAGGUGCAGUUUAAGCCAGUUGCUAUUUCUGCAUAUUUGUGCAGCGUACAACACUUUCCUUACACGAUGCCUGCCGUUACCUGUGAAUCUUUCAGAUGCAAGAACAAUGUGAUGCAAUAUUUAUUGCAACUUGUCUGUGAUAUGUUGCAUAUGUCUCUACUGCUGCAGUACUCACUGUUCUCGCACUUAUUCAAUGUAGAGACUGUCGCACGUGAUGUGUACAUAAACAAGUGUUACCAAAAAAAUGUCUGUAUGUUGAAGGGUGAAAUAAUACGGAAAGGUGCAGUGUUCUGGUGCUUUUAUUUGCAUGGCGCUACUGUAUUUGCAGUGCUAGCUUGCACUGUGGAAAUGUAAUUACACACUCUGCAAUAUUCCAUUCCCCGAGUUCAGCUAUUUACAAUUGAGGGCACUUUGUUGAAAUGUAUCAACUGCUCAUGCGUGCCACACUUCACAGGAGCCACAGCAUUUGACAUGUCGGAUGACCAGGUGGACGGCAUUUUCGUCACUACAAAGGCACUUUGCGGUUGUUGCGAGACAAACUGGCGCAGGAACUAGAAGUUGCACGUGUAACAGCACGUUCAAUGGAGCGGAAGGUGUGACGUACACUGUACAUUUUGGCUUUUGGGAGCUUCUCUGCGACGAAUACAAAGCAAGUAGACAGGCGUUUCUGUCCAUCAACGCGUAAGGGAACACAGAACUUCACCGAUACGAGUAGAAAUAAUUAUGACAACUGCAGGCUACAUGCAUGGCACGCAGGGCAUCUAGGUGACGACAGCAGCAACAUGCAAAUCAUGGCAGACCCUUUGAAAAUACACUUAUUUUUAGCUUGCUUUCAAUCUUAUAUGUCGCCACUAAACAUACUGUUUCACUUAGUAUAAAUGCAGGCCUUACAUAACGGUUCACUACACAACUUUUACAUUCCUUGACCAGUCAUGAAUGCUUUGCAUUACAUAAACAUCACCCACAACUUAGCAUGGGAAAUCUGUCUGCAAUUUCACAGCAUGAAAUGCACAAUGCAAUUUUUCGGCACAUGUUAUGCUACAACUGUGUGCAUGCACCUAGCGAUGCUGACGCUGCUGUUGACGUCGCAGCUGCCGCCGAACACUUCUCAGGUACUGUAUGUGCUGCGCACGGGUUGUCCCAAACAUUCCAAUCACAGAGUCACGGACGGCCCGGCCUCUCAAAUAAUUCAUUCUCGACCCUGUGUUUCGGGGCAGACCUUGCGGAAUGGGGUCGUCAUUACCGCAGAGCUCAGUACUACUGCUGCUGCUGCUGUCGUCAUCGCUGUCAUCAUCGCCCGAGUCUAUGUUGCCCUCAGACAGGCGAAGGUUGUGCAACACAGCACAUGCCGCGACAAUGUUGGCUGCACGUUCCGGCUCGUAGAGGAGGGUGCGAUAUCGCUGAAGACAGCGGAAACGGCUCUUUAAGAGCCCAAUGCACCUCUCCACUACGGAACGCAUGGCGCCAUGUGCUGUGUUGUACUGCCCCUCGGCUGUCUGCGCUGGAGGAUGGCCAGGAACUGGGGUCAGGAGCCACGGCUCCAAGGGGUAGCCACU